AUGCUCGGCAGGGCAAUCCUCCCACCAGGGCUUCAGAACAUGCCAUGCUCGCAGAUCGAUUUGCGCGAGCCAGACACCGCACUGCUCGAGCUCUACCUCGCACACGGCGUGAAAUUGGAACCGGACCUUCUCUUUUACGCGGUAGCCCCGCGCGUCCCACAAAGCGAGGUCAUGGCCCGCUUCCUGCUCGGCAGGGGCGUGGAUCCGAAUGGGCCCUUUUCUGGUGCCGGCGGCCGCGGCGUCGACUAUUGGGGUGCGCCGUUGCACUGCGCUGUCUGGAGGGGGAGGGUGGAUCCGGAUGUUGUUGCUGGGCGGAGGAAGUUAAGGAGGAAGGCUCCGGGGGAGGUUGCUGAGAGGGUGGGGCAUCGAGAGAGGCGUGAGGAGAUACUUGGUCUUCUGCAAUCGUAUUCUCGCCGAGAACCUAGCAAUGAGCCGAGCCAGGGCGGAGUGGAAGGUGGUAUUGCUUAG